AUGAAGAGAAAAAUAGAUGAUAAAUUAUUAAAAGUUGAAAAAAAACAGAAAAAGUUAGAUAUUAUAGAAUGGGAAAUCUCAGAUUGUGGUAUGAUUUUAAAACCUAUAUUUUCAGAAGAAUAUUCGACAUUAUUAUCGAAAGCUCUUGAACAUCUUAUAAAAGCUAAUUCUCGGUUUCAAAUUUUAUCAGAAUCUUUUUCAUGUUCACCAUUUUCACCAGAAGGCCUUAUGGAAAACGUAAAUCCCUUUCAAUCUCUUUGUAGAAUUAUUUUAAGUCAACAAUUGAGUAAACAUUCAUCAGAAUCUAUAUAUCGAAAGUUUAUAAGAUUAUUUUUUCCAGAUUAUUUAGAUAUAUCUCAAGAUGAUAAACUAUCUUCGACUCAAUUACCUAUUUCUAAAGCUUUUCCAACACCUCAAGAAGUAUAUGAUAUAUCAUCUGAUGAUUUACGUUUAAUUGGAUGUUCUUCAAGAAAAAUAGAAUAUUUAAAAUUAUUAGCAAAUAACUUUCUUUCUGGAAAAAUUUCUCUUGAUUUUCUUAUAAACUCUUCAGAUGAUGAUAUAAUUAAACGUUUAACUGCCAUUAAAGGCAUUGGAUUAUGGUCAACUGAAAUGUUUCUUUUAUUUUCUUUAAAAAGAACUGAUAUUCUAAGUACUGGUGAUUUAGGCAUUCAAAGAGGUAUGGCUUUAAUGAAAGGUAAAAAUAUAUCCAAGCCAAAUAAAGGCAAAUGGAAAUAUAUGAAUCAUGAUGAAAUGAUACAAAUGGCUGAGCCUUGGAGACCAUAUCGAUCAAUUGCUUCCUGGUUUAUUUGGGUAAGUACUCUUUUUAUUAAAGUAAAUUAACAAUAUAGCGCAUAACAAAUAAAACUUUUGC